AUGGAUAUUAUUUUAGGUAUUCGUGUAAAAGAUUCUGUCAUUCUAGCGUCUUCCAAGGCUGUCACAAGAGGUAUUUCCGUCUUGAAGGAUUCAGACGACAAGACAAGACAACUAUCGCCACACGCAUUGAUGAGUUUUGCUGGUGAAGCUGGUGACACUGUCCAAUUCGCCGAAUACAUUCAAGCAAAUAUCCAAUUAUACUCUAUUAGAGAAGAUUAUGAACUAUCUCCACAAGCCGUGUCUAGUUUCGUCAGACAGGAAUUGGCCAAAUCAAUCAGAUCGAGAAAGCCUUAUCAGGUCAAUGUGUUGAUUGCUGGGUAUGACAAAAAGAAGAACAGACCAGAGCUGUACCAAAUAGACUAUUUGGGUACCAAAGUAGAAUUACCUUACGGUGCUCAUGGUUAUUCAGGGUUUUAUACAUUUUCAAUACUAGAUCGCCAUUAUAGACCUGAUAUGACAACUGAAGAGGGCCUAACUCUACUAAAACUUUGCGUACAAGAGCUAGAAAAGAGAAUGCCAAUGGAUUUCAAAGGCGUCAUCGUCAAGGUUGUAGAUAAAGACGGUAUAAGACAAAUAGACGACUUCCAGACAAAAUGA